AUGUUGGUUUAUAUUGAUGAUAUACUAGUGAUAGGGAGUGAUCAGGAUCUAGUUGCUCAAUUGAUGUCUAAAUUAUCUACUGCUUUUAAGAUUAGAGAUCUUGAUGAACCUGAUUUCUUUCUUGGGAUUGAGACUAUUAAAUGUGAUGAUGGAAUUCUACUUUCGCAACAGAGAUAUAUGAAUGAUAUCUUGAAACGCGCUGGAAUGGCAGAGUGCAAAGAGUUGUCCAUGCCUAUCUCUAUUUCAAAAACUGUUCCAUUUAAUGCAGACUUGUAUGAUGAUCCUACGCAAUACAGGAGUCUAGCUGGGGCGCUGCAGUAUCUAACUAUUACCCAUCCCGACCUCUCCUUUGCAGUCAAUCAACUAUGUCAACACAUGCAUGCCCCUAUAGUUUCACAUUGGGAGCAACUAAAACGGGUCUUAAGGUAUGUUAAGGGAACUGUCAGUUUUGGUCUACGUAUCAGAAAGUCACUCUCAAGAGAACUUCAUGCAUUCUCUAAUUCUAAUUGGGUUGGCUGUCUGGAAGACGGAAAAGAACAUCAUGCAUUCUCUGAUUCUAAUUGGGUUGGCUGUCUGGAAGACCAAAAAUCUACUAGUGAUUUUGCUCUGUUUCUUGGUUCCAAUCUUGUGUCUUGGGUCUGUAAGAAACAAAGAACUGUUGCUAGGUCUUCUAGUGAAGUAGAAUAUAAAGCUCUAGCAGAUGUCUGUGCUGAGCUAAUCUGGAUAGUCUCGUUGCUGCGUGAAAUCAAGGUGACAGGUAUCUUUGUUCCUAAGUUGUGGUGUAAUAACCUUGGUGCUACGUAUAUGUGUGCAAAUCCCUUCUUUCAUGCCCGUACCAAGCACGUGGAAAUUGACUAUCACUUUGUUCGAGAUAGAGUUGCUUCUGGAGACAUUCACGUUAAUUUUAUCUCAACAAAAGAUCAACUUGGUGACAUAUUUACAAAAGCUUUACCUAGUCCCAGAUUUUUCUUUUCUUACAGACAACUACAUGUUACCAAUAUACCAUGUGCUUGA